UACAAACUAAAGAACGGUGUCGUUUCAGCCCUCUCGCGACAAAUAAAAGGAUGAACCCUAGUUCGAGGAGUCUUUCUUCUCGUUCAGUUGCCCACUGCGCUCACUUCUUCCCUCAACAUCUCUGCAGCAGCAGCCGAAGAACCCUAAUCGCCACCGUUCUCGCGUCAUGGCCGUCGGGAAGAACAAGCGGAUCUCCAAGGGAAAGAAGGGAGGCAAGAAGAAGGCAACCGACCCCUUCGCCAAAAAGGAUUGGUAUGAUAUCAAGUCACCUUCCAUUUUCGAAGUCAGGAACAUUGGCAAGACCCUCGUCAGCAGAACCCAGGGGACUAAGAUUGCCUCUGAAGGGCUGAAACAUAGAGUUUUCGAAGUCUCUCUUGCUGACCUUCAGAAAGAUGAGGAUAACGCCUACAGAAAGAUCCGCCUUAGGGCAGAGGAUGUGCAAGGAAAGAAUGUCCUCACCAAUUUCUGGGGAAUGGACUUCACAACAGACAAGCUCCGUUCUCUUGUCCGCAAGUGGCAGACGUUGAUCGAGGCCCAUGUUGAUGUGAAGACAACUGAUAACUAUACCUUAAGGAUGUUUUGCAUUGCCUUCACAAAGAGGCGUCCCAAUCAGGUCAAGAGGACUUGCUAUGCCCAAUCAAGUCAGAUCCGACAGAUUCGCAGGAAGAUGAGGGAGAUCAUGAUCAACCAAGCACAGUCUUGUGAUUUGAAGGAUCUAGUGAAGAAGUUCAUCCCUGAAAGCAUCGGGAAAGAGAUUGAGAAGGCCACUGUCGGGAUCUACCCUCUCCAGAAUGUUUUCAUCCGAAAGGUCAAGAUCCUCAAGGCUCCCAAAUUUGAUCUUGGGAAGUUGAUGGAGGUCCAUGGUGAUUACUCGAAUGAGGAUGUUGGUGUGAAGGUGGAGAGGCCGGCUGAUGAGCCAAUGGCGGAAGCAGCAGCUGAGACCGAAGUUGUAGCUUGAUAAACUCAGGAGACACUGUUGGUUUCCGGAUUGUGACAAUCGUUUGAACUGGCUUUACAGUAGAGUAUUUGAAAGAAGUUUUGCUGGGAUUUUGUUCUUUUGGAAACAAAUGUGAACUGUAGAGGUCUAUUAUAUAUCGGGGUAAUAUGUGAGAGAUCCAUCCUCGGAAGACUAAUCAUCGACUUCAGCUUCUCCAGUUUUGCAUUAAACAUAGCCAGUUGAUUUACGGAGAUGUUCAAUCUUAUUUUUAGUCAAACCUUGCUAUGGUUUCCCAUUAUAUUCGUUAGAAAGAUUAAAUGUAAUGGGUUGAGAUGAUAGUUCGUUCGUGGAACGUGAGAGGGAUUAGGGUUUAACAAUCGUGACAUGCAUGAGUUUAUAGUUGGAAUUCUGAAAAAUGUAUAAAAAAAAUCAGGGUUAAAUCAGGGUUAAUUUUAUGAGAUUAUAAGAAA